AUGACGAGAAAGAUUGAUACAAAGACACUUCAAGUCAAGGAGACUGACUUCUGCCCUACAAACCAAUCGUCAUGGGAGAGGGCAUCACGUUACUUGAAUUGCACGUCUCCAGACAGAUAUCAGUGUACUUCAAAUGAAAAUCAGACAUCCUUACUGGAAUACUGUUACGAUGAACCGCCUACCUUCGUGUUGAAAGGUUAUUGUUGGAUUUUACUGGAUGUACAUUACGUGCACACAUUCAACUGUUCCGGAUUCACAGAAGGAUGUCCGAAUGAAACCUACAGAAGUGACGAACUUUAUAAAUAUCGACAAUGUUUACAGUUGAAUAAAUUGGAAGGAUGUUUUCAAGCAGAUGAAAAAUGCUUGAAAGAGAAGAAAACAAUCAUACAACCAUCCUAUGAAGGUUCCUCUUCAAAUACCAUUGCUGGAGUGGCAACUGCAACUGUUAUCAUUUUCAUCAUCAUUGCAAUCAUUGUCACAUUAGUGUGGAGGAAAACUGGAGGUUGCACAUUUUGUAAAGAACAAAAUGUUGACGAGGAAUGUUACCCUUUGGAAACUACCCCAACUGUCCAUAUAGAAGCAGACAGAGAAAAUGUUGUAUUAAGAUGCAUUCCUACAGAAAAGCAGAGGAAAACUCUUUCCAAUGCGAUAUGGCUUAAAGAUGGGAAAGAAAUAAAAUUGAAUGACAGAAAUGGAAGAUAUAGUUUAACAAGUGAUAAGCUUACCCUGGUUAUAGAAAAUGCAAAUCAUGUCGAUAUUGGAGAAUAUAUUUGCUGCUUUAAAUAUGCCAACGAAUACGAGAGCAUAGUUAGAAUUAAUUUAGAUCGCCCUAAAUUAACUCUGAAAAGAAUUGAAUUCAAAGGACAGAACGUCUCGAUAGAAUAUGAGGUAUCUAAGGAAUGUUUUUCAUUAACAUCAUUAUCUUGGAGAAAAAAUAGAUGCAGCCUGAAACUUUCCGAUGAACCAGAAAAAUACUCUGGAGGAAAGUUAGACGAUUCCUUUCUAAAAAUCCACAAUGUAAAUGAUGGUAGUUCUGGCAUAUACGAAUGCACGGUUAAUAAUGUUUUUGGUGAAGACAGCAUCUCCUGUGUUCUAGAUGACAUACAGUGCAGCUCAAAAGAGAACCAAAGUAUCUUGCUUUGCUGUUUACUACAGGAUGAAUUUCGAAUUUGUAAAACUCAACCAGAGCAAUGGAAAGAAAAAUUAGAGAAAUCUUGCCUUUUUUGUUUUGGCCAUGUAAAAGGGUUUAACGCAGAAAACGCACUUGCCUCUGUGGAAGAUGGAAAAUCAAACAAACACUUUGAUAUUAAAGAUAGAGAUUUUAGGUUGAUUAACCCUGAUAAAGUGUUUCAAUCUUUUUUACGAAUCAAUGGUUUUCUAGAUUUUUUUGUAAAACAUUCAACAACUAAAAAUAUUGGUAUUUAUUGCCGGUCGUCAGGGUAUCAGAGAGGUCUUGACGAAGUGUGCAUCAAUGUUAACCAGGAACAAUUCAAGAAGAUGGUACAACGUCUGAAGUUCGACAUCCUUUUUAAUAAUACAAUAGCAGACAAAACCUGUCACCAAAUAAUUGAAAACGAAUUGAGCAUCCCAAAAGGUAUUCUGAGUUUAGGUAAAGAGGGCAUAUCGAAUUAUAUCGAUAGUCUUAAAACUGGUGAACAUAGAGUAUAUGUUGCCAGAGGCAUGCUUGUAGGAUGUGAGGGGGUAGGUAAAACAAGUCUCCUAUACAGACUGCAAGGAAAAGACAAUCCCAAUCCUUCAUCAACGAUAGGAUUAGAUGUCCAUGUCAACUUAUUUACGGUUCAAGGGGAAAGUCUCAAUGUCACCGCAAAUAUAAACAAACCAAGUCUUCUUUCUAACUUGAACAACGAAGAACUCGCUCCAAGUCGAAAAGAAAAGGAUAUUAGACCUCACACACACAUGGUAGAUGAAAAAGUAAACAAUAACAAGUCAUUUCCUACACCGCCACAAAUAUUGUUAGAAAAUGCUGGAUAUGUUUUAGAAAAAAAAGAUAACUUUAAAACCAAACAAAGUGAGAUUUCCAGUCAUAGUGUGACAUCAAGUGAACCGAGUGCAGGGAAGAGACAACCAUCCACUGGAAAAAACGAAGUUAUCAAAGAAGAAAUAGAAAAUAUGGAUACCUGUCACUUCCAAAGUGAUGAAGAAAACGCCUUCCCCGUAUCUGAUAUUACAAUUCACACAUUGUCUGACUCGUUUACAGAGAAGGAUAGAAAAAUAGUGUCAUUCUUUGACUUUGCUGGACAAUUUUCUUACUAUGCAUGUCAUCACGUAUACUUUUCACCUAAUGACUUUUACAUUCUAGUUAUGGACAUCACAAAGAAAUUAGGUUGUCAAAUUCAUAAAGAGAAAACCAAAGGAGCAUCAAAAGAAAAUGACAUCACCGAGGAACUGAAUGAAGAAAGCAAUAGAAUGAAAGGAUCUGUAUACAGCGAUUGGACUGUCUUAGAGUUUUCAGAAUACUGGAUACAAUCAAUUUUAUCUCAUACCACUGGUCUCGCUCAAAACGACGAGAUAAAUGAAGAAGUGCCCAAAAAGGCUCCUCUGAUUCUUGUUGCAACUCAUGCUGAAGGAAAAUAUGGAAAGCUAGGAGAGCAAUACUUUCUACAACUCCGAAGCAAGCUGCCACAUUUAAGUGCAUACAUCGAUUAUUCAUCAAAUGCAUUCAGUACUGGCUUCCAUGAUGAUAUUCAGAAAAUAAAGAACUGUAUAAUGAAUAUCGUUCAAAAACUUCCUAACUGGGGAAAAAUUAUCCCAAUGUCUUGGUUCCAUGUUGAAAGCUUGACCAGAAAGUUGAAGAAUAUGAAAAUAAUAAGUUUUGAAAAUUUUUACCGAAAAUGUAUUGAAAGUAGUAUUGGAAUAAGAAGUCAUAAAGAUCUCAUAACAUCACUUCGAUUUCUCAAUGACAUUGGAGUUGUCUUAUUUUAUGAUGAAGACUAUCUAAGAAGUUUUGUCAUUCUUGAUGUCCAGUGGUUUGUAAACGCCUUUAAACAUGCUAUCACUGAUGAAACCCACAAAAGUAUACAUGUUGACGAAAAAUUAUAUAACCAAUGGACUUCAUUCAAUGAAACAGGACUUUUGACUUUUUCCCUUUUAAAGUCGAUAUGGCAAGGAAUACCGGAAAGAGAUUCCUACAUUUCAAAUAAAAAGGAAAUCAUUGCUUGCAUGAUUAGAUUGAAUCUUUUAACAGAGGUAUUGGAAGAGACGUGGUACUGUCCUUGCAUGAAUAAGAAACCCUUUCCAGUGGAGCAAUUCAAAAAGUCUGAUUGUUCAUCUUUGUUGUGCUUUCAGUUCACUUAUCUUCCUCUGGAUAUGUACCAUCGCAUAAUUGCUGCUUGUGGCAAUCAACUAAAAUGGAAAGUUUUCAAAUUGAAAGAAUAUUGCAUUUAUCAAAUGGCAACCCUUUUUCAUGUGAAUGAGAGUGAAGUUCUCGUAGGCAUUUAUAACAACAAUGAAAUCGUGGUUCAGUUUCUAGAACUUUCUAAGUCAAAAAAUGUUGAUCAUGUGGGCGUGCGUGAGAAAAUAACCCAAGUUAUUACUAAUCUGGCAGAGAAGUUAGUAUGCUGCAAAUAUAAUGUUGGCUACAUGUGCAAGAAAGCCAUUUUUGGAAAGCCGAAUCAGUGUGACUUGCAUUUCAUAGCAGAAAGUGAUUUAGUUGGAGAAAGCAUAAGGUGUUCGGACUGCGGAAUUGGUAGCGAGAUCAUCGUUAAAGAGAUUAUCUGGAGGAAGACUUUUGGGGAAAACCAACAAGACAAUCAUACCGAAGAUCAACGUCACGUGUCUCUACCAAAUAUUUGGAAUUAUUUUGGUCGACCACAUAAGGAUAAACUAGUACUAGCUGCCAUAGACAUUGGCACAACUUUUUCAGGAUGCGCAUUGAUCUUUACAAAAAACAUACAAAAAGACCCUUUAGACAUAAUUAUUCCUCCUUGGCAGGGAAGUAAGAUAAAUUCACUGAAGGCGCCGACAUUGUUGUUACUAAACAGGGAUAAAAAAUGCAUAGCCUUCGGUUAUAAAGCAGAAAAAAUGUACACGGAGCUAAAAUGUGAAGGGAAACACCUGGGCUACUAUUAUUUCCGAGAAUUCACAUGGUUGCUUGAUGCUGGUCUUACAGGAAAUGAAAUGAUUAAAGAUAUAAGGGGGAAGAAAUUACCAUUAGUAGAAUUACUCUCCUUGGUGAUAAAAGGCCUUUACAUGCAGUGUGAUCAAAAACUGAAGCUAAUUCUGCGAGACGAACUGAUUCCAGAUGAAAUAGCAUGGUUGUUAACAGUUCCCUCGCAUUGGAAUGAUUCCGGAAAACAACUUAUGAAGACAGCGGCCCUUAGAGCUGACAUGCGUCAACAAAACAUGUGUAUUGAAUUAGAGUCCGUAGCUGCUUCAGUAUAUUAUGACAUUCUUUCAAAGCAUGGAUGGAAAGGAACCCCUUCUUAUAUAGACGGCAAAUACUUACUUCUGGACGCUGGAGGUAAAAAGCUUGAAUUACAUGUGUACGAAGUUUCACACGAUGGAAACCUGUUGGAACUUGACAAAAAGCUUGUUAAAGAUAUAGGUGGAAUUAUUGUAGACCAAGCCUUAGAAACGUUUUUGAGUGAGUUAUUUGGUCUUUCUAAGUUAAACAUAUACCGCGCAAGGUAUUUUGAAGACUAUAUAGAUAUACUCAAUGAAUUUGAAGUGAGAAAAAGAAGUUUUGGCGAGGCACUAAAGGAAAAGACGGAUAUUUACUUAUAUUUUCCUGAGUCUUUUGUCUGUUUUUUUGGACAGUACAAUAGUAUACAAACUCAAAUAGAUGAGACAAAAUACAUGGGCCAUGUUCAAUAUUUGAGGGGGAGUAUUCAUAAACUCAUGAUUGACUUCACAACGUUUAGCAGUUUCUUUGUGCCAGUCUGUGAUAAAAUAGUUCAACAUGUUCAGACAAUGCUGGCUUUACCAAUUCUUCGAGAAGUUGAUAAAAUUUUCAUGAUUGGAGGAUUUUCCGAGUCUGCAAUUUUGCAAAAUGCAGUGAAGGAUGCUUUCCCCAAAUGCAGUGUUGUAGCAGUGGAACCAGAAAUAGCUGUUUUAAAAGGAGCAGUUCUAAUGGGUCGAGGAUUUAAUUCUAUAUAAAUUUUAUUAUGUCAGACGAAAAUGACAGAAUCAAUGCCACAGUUCACGAAUUAAAAAAAAGUUUUUGAAUAAGACAGAAGGUACCAGAAUCAUGAAUGAAAUCAUUUAGAUGAAAGUUAUAUGCAAGUAUAUUAUAAUGAUUAGAAAAAUCGCAAAGUAGACGUAGAGGUUGUAUUAUAUUGGAUUAAACUGUGGUUUUGUAAAGAAGAUAAUUUUGCAGUGUACAUAAUAGAAGAGUUUUUAAGGUCCUUUUCGAAAUGAAGAGCUGAAUGUUUGGUUUUUUUUUUAAUAUAUAGAUUUUCGUGUACUUUGAUCUAUUCAUUUAAUAAAAAUGAUUGUAUUACGGUACAGUUGAAAUUUGUGAAGAAAAUUCUCUAAAAACCUGUCAAAUUUUCUACGAUGGAAGACGGAAUACAGAGCACUUU